AUGUCGCCCUCGCCCUCUUCUUUGACUUCCAGCGGCCCGGCGCCCCCUUCACCGUUGACGGUCCUCCUUCUCGGCGUCGUCUUUGGCAUCCUACUGCAUGGCUCGACGCUGCACCAAGCCUACAAGUAUGCGCGCUCAUUCCCUCGAGACUCUCCUUUCAUCAAGAUGCUGGUCUUCGCGAUGGUCCUUCUCGAAACCGUGCACACUGCGUUCACGAUGCACCUUGUUUAUUUCUAUCUCGUCCUGAAUUAUGGCAACGUAGCGGCGCUGGCGACCGGAAGUGUGUCUCUGAACGUGCUGCCCGCGAUUGCGGGAGCGAUUGUGUUGACGUCUCAGCUCAUCCUCGCCCGCCGCGUCGCUAUGCUCGGCCGGGUGCAGCGGAUCGUGGUGUACAUCGCCAUCGUCCUCUGUGUGGCUGAGUCAGCGCUCGCCAUCCUGGGCACGAUCGUCGCGUUCCUCUUCGACAACAGGACCAUCGUCACUAGCGUGACCGGGAUCGGCCUCGUCCUCGCCGCCAUCGCGGAGCUGAUGAUGUCCACGACGAUGGUGCUCGCGUUCAGACACGCCCGCGCGGGCGGGACACGGACCGAGCACGAGUCGCCGAUCGACUGGUGGGAGGUGUACAUCGUGAACACAGGCGUCCUGACAUGCCUCUUCAACGUGCUCACCGUUCUUCUGGCGGUUUCGGAUCCCCACGGCCUCGGGUUCAUCGCGCUGAGCAUAGUCGGCACCCGACGCAACGUGCUCAGCGUGCUCAACGGACGGCAGAUCAAGCUCGCCGGCAUGGAGAUCUUCGUGGACCCGUCCAGGCCCGUGUUCCUCGCCCACGCCCAACGAGACGCGAAGAACGAGCUCUGGAACGUGCCCAAGGCACCCGGCCCCGCGUCCGAGGGCGUCGAAGUGAAGAUCGUGACCGAGACGGAGGACGACGGUGGGUACACGACGGGCAGGAAAGCGGGGUCGCUCGCCUGA